AUGGGUCCAUUUACUAAUCCACUAGAGGAGAGUGGAUUACAGAAUCCAAAGCUCAUGUCAACCUUCUCCAACACCAUUAACCCGUCCCUUAUCCUAAACUUUUCAACCGCUCUGAUCGCUUCGAAAGACUGGGUUUGCCUUCCGCCGUCGGGCCUAGGAGAGGGUCCACUGUUCCCCUGGAUCUGCUGGUUCAUCUGGAAGGCCCGGAACCGAUUUAUCUUUGAAGAACACCUCUUUACCCCUUCAGAAACAAUUACGAAAGCAGUAAGAGAGGCACGGAAAUGGCAAUUGGCUCAGCAAGAAAAACGAGUAGUGAAUCAAAGACCCAAUCUCUCCAAUCGAACACCAAACCAACCACAUGCACUCACCUGCUUCACUGACGGAGCCUGGAACAAAGAAACGAAGAUAGGCGGAUUGGGAUGGAUCCUCGUGGAUAACGAGGGAUCAGAGGUUUCCCGAGGUCAAGCGGCGGAGAGAAACGUCUCGUCCCCUUUGAUGACAGAAGCUUUAGCAGUCCGAUCCGCCCUCAAUCAUGCCUUGGAGGAAGGGUUCACUUCCUUGCAUCUCAAAUCAGACGCCCUGGAUCUAAUCCGGGCCUUGAAUUCGCAUGAGCAGAUCAAAGAGAUCUACGGACUCCUCUUUGACAUUCACGCUCUUGCCUCAAUGUUUGUCUCGAUCGAUUUCUCCUACAUCCCCAGAUCCAACAACAACAUCGCCGAUGCAAUCGCAAAGUUAGCCAAAAGUCGAUUAAUUCCAUCUCUUCCUACUGGGACCCACUGUAUUGUUGGUUGA